AUGAAGGCAGCUGAAUGGCAGAAGUCGCCCAGCAACGGCCACAUUUCGGAUGUUGGGCCUGAGGUAUCCCCUUACGCAAGCCCAGCUUGCACGAUCUACUUUAAAGAUGGGCAGCCGUCUACCAUUCCUCGCGAUAUCGUCUGCGUCAGCAAUGAGCUUGUCAAGAUCUGUAGUGAGCAUAACAAGAUCCGUCUCGACAAGGUGCCGCACCAAGCAGGCCAUGUGCUCGUGCACUACCUUCACACAGGCAGUUGGCAAACCCUCUAUAAGAGACAUCCACUGAGUGACUACAAAACUUCAACCCAGUUCGAAACCAGUAUUCAUGUUUACGCCGCCGCCCGAGCUUAUGGUCUCCCGGAAUUGGCCGACCUUGCUAAGGAUAAAAUAUUUGGUUUCGCCGAAGCGCUGCCUGCCUUAGAAGCCAUCGUCUUAGGUGCUAACGCAUGCGAUCUCCUGCCCGACGAUGAUCUGUGGUUUUUGGCUUUCAUUAAGAGGCGCAUCGAGCGCUUGUUCGAGAACCCAGGCCCUUCAGACCAGCCGGUCUUUCUAAAAUGCUUUCACAGAGCUUCAACAUACUCCAAGAUGCUCAUCAAGAGCAUGUUUUGGAUAUGCAUGGAAAAGUCGGCUCUCAGUAAACCUGCUAAAGGGCAUAAUGUCCCAGUGUUUGAUGCUGCUGCCUCCACCACCUCGUCACAACUAACGCCAGACUCAGCCUCGGAGUGGAAAAUAGCGUCCCCGAUGGAUCCUCCACCAGCGUCAGAGUCGGACUCUAGGCCAACGAGGGAGGCUAUAAUAGCAUCGGAACCAGCAGCUACAGGCUGUCAAAUAGAAGCCGUGGUAGAAACCCGACCAGAAGCGCCAGUCCUUUGGGAAUUCGGGGUGGAAGCACAUGCGGAAACUCCAGCUGAACCCCAGCCAGUUCCAGAGUCUGAGCCGUUCCUGGAACCCGAGCCAGCAGCAUCAACAGACUGGCUCCUAACCGAAUGGUCAUCGCACAAGACGAGUAAGAAAAAUCGCAAGGAAAGGAUACAACUUGAGUAUGAGCCUGAGAUUGAAGCAGCGGGAGAAGCUCGACCAGAAGAGCCAGUUGUCUGGAAAUUCGAGGUGGAAACUUCGGCUGAACACCAGCCAGCGGCAGAGCCUGUGGCUGGAACAACGGUAGAAGCCCCGGAAGAGCCCAAGGUAAUCGGAUCAACGCAUUGGUCAUGGAGCACUGUAGAGGCUGCAGCGGAAGAGGCUGCCCCAGAGGACAUUCCAGUUUCAUCUAAGAAGGACAAGAAGAAAAAGAAGAAAGGAAAGAAGCCGAAGUUAUGUUGUAGUUCCAGGACCACUCACGUUGUGGACGGCGGAUGGGAAGACUGCUCUGAUUGUCGUGAAUUUGUGGGCGGCUUGUCUACAUAUUAUCGAGCAGUUACCGAUCAAUAG